AGUGAGAGGCGGCGGGGAGGGAGGGCGGGCGCCGCGAGCCGGGGGUAUGAGGCCACGGAGCUGUCGACAGAUAACUAACGGGGAGCGCACGCGGAUAGCCCGUUUGCGCCACCUCGAUCACUUGUGGAUACGCUGCACCGAGGAGGAAUGAUCUUAAAGUGUGGAACAAAAGUUUCAUAACGACUCCAUUGUGGUCUUGAGAGAGAAUACGCUCAUGCCUGCUGCAAUGAUCCGCAAACUCUUUGCACUGUGUUUUGGUGUUUGAUGAUGAUUGUUCAAUAUGGCUGACGAAUCCUAUGAGGAAGGACAAAACUGUGGCACUUUUCUGUCUUGUAUGAUUGACGUGUUGGAAAAAUGGACAGGCCUGGAAAUCCUGGAAGGCUCCUUAAAUUACCUGGACUACCUCCUGUGGGUCUUCACUCCAUUCAUCGUUGUCUUUAUUCUACCCUUGUUUAUUGUUUUGUUUCUCUACCUAUCCAUUCUUUUCCUACAUGUAUACAAAAGAAAGAAGGAACUGAAAGAAGCUUAUUCAAUUAAUUUUUGGGACGGUGCUAGGAAGACCUUGGCAACUCUGUGGGAUGGACAUGCAACAAUAUGGCAUGGUUAUGAAGUUCAUGGAUUGGAAAAGAUUCCUGAUGAAGGUCCUGUCCUGAUUGUUUAUUAUCAUGGUGCCAUUCCUGUAGACUAUUACUAUUUUUUAGCUAAAGUAAUAAUCCAGAAAGGACGACCCUGUCACUCCGUAGCUGACCAUUUUCUAUUUAAGUUACCAGGCUUUAAGUUAUUGUUGGAGGUUUUUAGCGUUAUGCAUGGUCCACAAGAGGAGUGUGUUAAAGCAUUGAAAAAUGGUCACUUGUUGGCCAUCUCACCUGGAGGUGUACGUGAAGCACUCUUUAGUGAUGAGACUUAUGGCAUCUUUUGGAGUAAUCGGAAAGGAUUUGCUCAAGUGGCAAUUGAUGCCCAAGUGCCCAUUAUUCCUAUGUUUACACGGAAUAUUCGAGAAGGAUUUAGGAUUUUUGGAGGUUUUGGAAUAUUUAAGUGGUUAUAUGAAAAAUUUAAGUGGCCAUUUGUUCCUAUUUAUGGAGGUUUUCCUGUAAAAUUUUGCACCUAUUUGGGAGAUCCUAUUCCUUAUGAACCCAACAUAACUGCUGCUGAACUGGCUGAAAAGGCAAAGCAAGCUGUGCAGGGCUUAAUAGACCAACAUCAAAUAAUACCAGGAAAUAUAUUCCGAGCCCUUUCAGAACGCGUCUACUGGAAUCAAAAUGAUGAAUGACUCUUUACAGUUGACAGCAUAUUGUAGUGAACAUUUUUUUACUUAUUUUUUCAUUCUCAAAUAUCUACAUUGAUAGACUAAUGUGAAGAGAUCAGAAAUUGCACAUAAUUGUUUCCAAGAGUACAAGUACUGAAUAAUGUCUCCUGUUGUAUAUUAAAAUUAUUUUGUUGGAAAAGUC